AUGCCUAUCGACAAAGGAUUCAAAUUGCCGGGCACCGCCGGCCAGCUCACCAUCCCCGACAACGGCAAGUUUUUUGUCGUCUUUGUCGCCUCCACCGUCCCCGAGACGGGCCAGUCGUGGUGUCCCGACGUGCGAGCGGCCAUGCCAGUCCUCGAGGCGGAGUUUGGAGGCCAGGACAAGCCCGAAUUGAAGCUCGUUGAGGUCGGACAGGUGCCAGAGUGGAGGAAGCCCGACAACGUCUACAGGACCAAGUGGAGCGUCAACAGCGUCCCCACGCUCGUCCGCUUUGAGCAGGUGGACGCCGACAUCAAGGAGACUGCAAGGCUGGUCGAGGGGGAGUUGCUGGACAGCAAGGCUGUUCAAAAGUUUGUGUCUUAA